UGUGAUUAGCUAUUGUACUCCCAACAAUCAUACAAAAAGUAAUCAGCCAAAAUGAUUGCUUUAGAACCGGAACAGCCCCUCCCAAGCGAGGAGCGGAUGCCUAAAACGGAGCCUACAACAUCACACCCCCAAAGAACAUUAACACGGUCGAGUGCUGUAAGCCAGAAGUCCGUCGAAAUAAUGGUCCAUCCGGAGGGCUCUAACAAUCCCCUGCACAGGUCUAAACUAGCUCCAACCAGGUCAUCCUCGGAGACACAGUCUUCGGGGAAGAAAAUGCUUAAUUUGAGGAAAACGAAAAACUCUUCAAUAGAAUCGACUAUGAGUCUGCCUAACCAGAAAUCUUUAGAGAAAAAACAUGGUAGCCUGCGGCAUCAGAAGGCUGUGGUGGUGCAGGCUCACUCCGACAUAACUUUAAGCACGCAGCCGUCGAUAUCGGAUGACAGGAAGGCGCUGCGGGAAGCGUUGUACCAGGGUAUCUUUCACAGGCACAGGAGGACGAUCUUCGCGGUGGGCUCCUUCCUCAGGAUGCUGAGGAGCAAAACGUCCAACUAUGACUCCAUAAGGUCGGACUCCGAUGAGAUAUAGCGCCCGUAGAUCGUCUAAGUGUAUUUUUAGUAAAAAAUGGUGCCACAGACUGAUUGUGCUUUGUAAGGAGAGAAAAAAAUGUUACUAGCUGUAAGAAUUGUGUUUGUAUUAAAAUGUUCCUAAUUAGUUGUGA